AUGGCGCUCACUGCACCAACCAUGGAAGUCUUUAUGGACAAGACAGAAUCGUUCGAUAACCACGUUACCGAACAGGUACGACUGGAAGACCAACAUGAGACCAUUAUGCACGCAAUGGGAGGGAAAGCUGUCUAUGCUCCUAUCGAUCUCACUCAGCCCGGUCUGCGUAUUCUAGACUCAGCGUGUGCCAACGGCCGUUGGAUCAAGGACAUGCAGGCUUCCUUUCCCUUCAACCACGAGUAUGUUGGCACAGACGUUGUAGACUCUCUCUACCCUGUUCCAGCACCAGCGGGUGUGCAUUUCCAAAACCAAUCCAUCAAGGAGGCCUUCCCAGAACAAUGGAAGGGCACUUUCAAUCUCGUUCACCAACGCCUCGUCAUGGCCGCCGCCGCUCCCGAAAAAGCUCCCCUCUUCGUUGUGGAGAACCUGGCCAGUAUGCUCAAGGCGGACGGCUGGUUGCAAAUGGUUGAAGUCAUCACAACGCCUCUGUCUGAGAACCCGGCCUCAAAAAACCAGUACAUCGACAUGCUCGACACAUUGUACGCUAAUCUCUACGGCAACAGCGACCUCAACAAGCCUAACCUCAUGUCGCGGCUUCCACAAGCCAUGAAAGAUGCCGGCUUGCGCAACGUGCAGCAGACCGAAGUGCUGGUGAAAUACGGAGCCGCCGUUUCCGACCCUGCCGUUCGUGAGAAGAGCCUGAGAACCGCAGUGGCAGGUGUCCCUUAUUUCCUAUCUGUGCUAAAAGCCAUACCAGGUGUAUUCAAGGACGAGUGGAAUGACCUUGAGACUCGACUGUACAAGGAUCUAGCCGAGCAAGGUGGAUACAUGAAGUAUAUUGUCUGCUGGGGCCAAAAGUAG